CAGUGUAGCAGCAACUGGAGAGCAGCUGUACCUCUGAAUAAACUCAGAUUUAAUAAAUAUACAUUUUGAGGUUUGUGACAAGUGUUUGAUUAAAACGUGUACGACUAUGAAAGGAUUAUAUUGCCGAGCUGGUGUGAGCGAUGCUGAGCCCAAGUUCGUUAUUCAGGAAACGAGUGUUGCAGAGGUUUUAGGCAGCCACCAGGUCAGAGUCAAGGUGAAAGCAUGUGGACUCAGUCCGCUGGACCUGAAGUGACAGCUCCUCUGCUCGUCUGUCCUGAACGCCAGUUGUUGAGCGACGUAGGGAUCCAGAGAGAUUUGAUUCCUGUUGGCAGAGAGGUGGCUGGGGUCGUUGUGCAAGUGGGCCCAAAGGUCUCCUCCUUCCAGCCUGAUGAUGAGGUUGUUGGUAUCCUUCCUCUGGACUCUCCCUGCUCUGGACUCUGUGAUGCCAUUGACAUAGAUGAACAGUAUUUAGUUCAGAAGCCAGAGAAGCUGAGCUCAGUGUGUGCUGCUGGAGCCCUGCGUGACGGUCUUCAUGCUUACACUGCUCUCCACACGCACGCUCGCAUGGCGGCUGGACACACGCUGCUGGUCAUGGAUGGAGCCAGCUCCUUUGGCCUCAUGUGCAUCCAGCUGGCGUGUUACCACGGAGUGAAGGUUCUGACCACGUCCCACUCGCCACAGACACGGUCGUUCUUGGAGCAGCUUCGGCCCAGCGUAGGCGUUCAGAAUCCUUUAGUAGCCAGGGUUAUUCCAGUGGACAGUGGAACAUCAGACCUGCUGUCAGUGGUGCUGGAGGAGACGGGAGGACUGGGACUGGAUAUAAUCAUAGACUCUGGAGUUCGUCUGCAAGAUGGUGAGGAGUCUGAAGGGACAAAGUUCCUUCCACACAAACACGACAUCAUCAGUGUGCUGGCAGUGGGGGGGCACUGGGUCACGUCCCACCAAGAUCUGCAGUUGGAUCCUCCAGAUUGCAGAUUACUACACUUAAAAUCAGCCUCUGUGUCUUUCCUCAAUCCUGAAGUCUGGACGGCUUCAUCCGCUCAGCAAGGGCGAUAUCUCCAUAUUUUGAAGGACACAGUGGAGAAGAUGUCAGCAGGAGUCCUGAGACCGCAGCCAGAGGAGGCUGUCCCGCGCUACGAAGCCACCGUUGCCAUGGAGGCCGUCCAGCGCCACCAGAGGACGAAGGCUGUUGUUCAACUCUGACCAUAAGAGUCACAUCGUGUGUGGAUGCUGGCACAGCCCAUAAUUCAUGGGACCACUCUAUUUUCGCUCAUCUUUUUAGGACAACUGUUAUUUUCUUGCCACUGGGCCAACACUGAAAAUUAAAUGAUGCAUUAUGGGACUAAAACACCAACUGAA